AUGGCUUUACAGUUUUUACUGCUUUUGUGCUCUAUCAUUGCAUUGACCAAUGCCGUGAUUUUCACAAGUGAGCCCGAGGACCUAAUGGUCGACCAGGGGUCUCGAUUCCACCUCAACUGUGCCAUCCACGGACUCCUUGCAAACCAAGAGGUCGUCUGGAGGAAGAACAACAUCUCCAUCAGCAUCGGUGCCGACGUGAUGGGUGACCACCUCAUCGUCGACCUCAAGAGAUACCGUGUCGUCCAGGACAUCACCCAGGGGUCGUACCAACUGAAUGUCUUUGACAUCGCAAGAAUGGACGAUGGUGUGUACCAGUGCGUGGUGUACAACAACACUGGCAUCCACCUUCAUGAAGUGGCUGCCCAGUCUCGGACAGCCACGGUCACUGUCUACUACACACCUGUCAAGAAGUACCCCUACUGUCCUUUUGGUGAAGCAUCCAGGGAACUGAAUGUUGGUGAGAACAUCCCAGCUUGUAUAUCAGAGAAGGGACUCCCACCGGUGAUGCUCGAGCUCCAGGGUGCCUUCGAUGAUUUGCCUGCGACUCACACAGAUUACUCAACAGUCCCAGGGUUUGCCGUCUUGACGAUGAAUGUAUCGGAAGCUGAUGAAGGAAGGACGUAUACUUGCCGUGCAAGAAGUUCGGAUUUCCAAUUCUAUACGAGUACAUGUGAUGUCGGACCUCUACGGGUGGUUUACCCGCCGCGUGUUGCGAUCAGACCGAUCAAGGCAGUCCCGUCGGUCGGUGACGAAGCCGUCUUCGUAUGCGAGAUCGUUGCUAAUCCUCAACCAACCAGCAUCGUGUGGUCGUUCAUCCCGCCAAUGGAUAAAUCACGAUAUCGGCUUUAUGAUGAGAACAGAACCUUGGAGAUCGUACGCAUUCGUGAACAUGACGAUAACCGCAUACUCGUCUGCUCCGCAGGGAAUCGUAAGGGCAAUGCGUCCUCGGAGCGAGUCGUUGCGCUCUCAAAGACCCACCGUCCUCGGGGAUCGGACCCACAUGCUCCAAACGAAAGACAACACGACCAAGAUCGCUUCCUUUUCACACGAUGCAGUGACGCCAAUGCCGUGAUCGUAGCUUGCCUGAUCGCCCUCGCCAUUCUCUUUCUCGUAUUCGUGUUCGUGGUUUGCUGUCGAACGAAGACUUUGAAGAUGCCAACGACUCAAAACUUUGGAGGAAACAAGUGUUCAAGUUCUCCUGAUCUAUCAUCGGAAACUGUUUCAUUGGUGUCACUAAAAACUGGAGUACCGCAGGUAUAUGGUAUUGACGACGAUGACGAUGUCAUUGAUGAUGACUGUGAUGGUGAUGGCGGUGGUGGAGGUGAUGACUAUGAAGGAAGAUGA